AUGGCAGAUGUAGGUAGUGCAGCAGGGAGCUGCACUGAGCCGUCGGAGGAGGACACUAUGUCCAGCAACAACCAGUCUCUCGCACAAGGGAUUGAUUACAUCACAGUGAUUUCCUCACCACUGACUGUUGUCAGUAGAAGUUCUACCGCCUCAGCUAAUGCCACCACUACAUUCUCUUUAUCCAGCCCAACCAUCUCCCAGUCAUUGUCAACCCUGCUGCCAGCCAGUAGUGGGUAUUACACCACCCUGCUUCAAAGGCUGGAUCCAACCUUACCAGAUAUUGGAUUCAAUGCCAAUGACAUUGGCCUUGACCCGGACCUUGACCCUUCACACUACCGGUGGGACAGCCUUUGGCUACCUCAGGGAGACCUGUCAUCAAUCAACAUGUUUCCUUUGGACCAGGCCAAUGUAUCCGGAUCUGCCUCAGAACCUCAAACUCCGAACCACACAUGUAUACGGCCUUGUGAGAUGUAG